AUGGACGUUCGAAUCAACACGGAGCUCGUGCCCCUCUGGCACGAACUGUUUCCAGACACAGAGUUGCCCAAGAACUUUACUGUCGUAGAGUCCAAGAAUUGUGAGUACGGGGACUACUACACGAACAUAUGUCUGAAACUCCGCGACCACACGCCAGAAACGGCGUUGGAAAAGUGCAAGACACUGGUGGAGGCUUGGAACGCCAAAUUCACCUUUGCGCGGGCUUCCCAUCGGAGCGGUGGAUUCGUCAACUUCCGCGCGAUGGACGGUACUCGGAUUCAAACCCUCGAAGUGCAACACGCAUUUGGGAACAAGACCACUGAGCAUGCACCGGUGCAAUUGAAGCCCAUUGGAGUGGUUCGCACGCCCUUCAAAAGCAAAUAUGGAACCCCCCGACAGGGACUGUUCGUACCGCACGCAAUAGGUAAGGUGGAGCUGAGACCAGAAUUCAACAAUCACUGGCUGCAAGGACUCGAUGAAUACAGCCACUGCUGGCUCAUAUUCCUCUUCCAUCAAAAUGCCAAGCCGGCGGGUGACCAACCGGGGGGUGAGCAACCGGGGGGUGACCAACCGGGGGGUGACCAACCGGGGGGUGACCAACCGGGAGGUGAGCAACCGGGGGGUGAUCAACCGGGAGGUGAUCAACCGGGUGGCCAGCCGGGUAGCCAGCCGGGUAGCCAGCACACAUCAUGCUGUCAGCAGCCCCUCCCGGACAGCGAAGAGAAGCCCGCGGGAAACCCGUCGAUUCGGGUACCCAAGGCCCGCGGACGAAUUGGCACGUUUGCCACCCGGUCUCCGCAUAGACCCUGCCCUAUCGGUUUAAGCUUGUGCGAGAUCCAGCGGGUUGAGGAUAAGGUCGUCUGGCUCACCGGGGUCGACCUGGUGGACGGUACGCCACUCCUGGACUUGAAACCCUAUCACCCGUUAGACAAUGUGAACUACACCCACCCGGAGUACGUUCAGCCUCACCCCCCAUGCAGGCUGAACAUCUUCGGCCAGACCUUCUACGCGCCAGCAGUGUUCAACUGCCCUGCUGCACCCCUCAUAGUGGAGUUCCAUAUCGUUAAGCUCAUACGACCCUUCCUCGCAAAGGCGGUAGGCAUGAAUAAGGCGAAGAAAAUCCAACAGGCUGGCACCAAGGAAUACCGGGAAUUACUUGACCAAACCCUCAGUCAACUUGCAGCACUGGAAAAUGCCGACCCGAAGACUGAUUGCAGCGGCAACGAUGAUUUUGUUCAAAAAGUCUGGGACGCCAUACGUAUCAUCGAUAGCAUCGGGGAGAAAGAAAAAAGACUGCGCAUGUUCACCAUGUACAGGUCUUUAAGUGAUUUCAUCGCGUGCAUCAUUGAAUCGGUCCGCCUCGAUCCAAGAGAUAAAACCGAGCGGAAUGAUCGGCAAGGGAAGCGACAACGCUCCGCCCAUACCUUCGUCAUAGACAAUUACGAAAUCGUGUUCCAUAUUGGAGAUGCCACUCAGUCUACGCACCAUCAAGGCUGUGAUUGCAGCCCCAUUAUUGAACAACGGCCUGUAGCGAUUAUUGACGCCAUAACCUAUGAUGCCUGA